UUUGAAGAAAAUUAUCCCCCCCAAUUUAAAAAACAAAAGAAAGAAAUUAAACCCAGAAGAGGGAAAUGAAGAGGAAGAGCGACCAGAAGAAGCUCCAAAGCUUCGUUCUGUAUUUCCUCCUCUUCGUCGGCGGCCUCGCCUUCGGCGUCACCGCCUGCCUCUACCUCCGCGACAUCUCCUUCUACCUCCGCCUCUACCAAUUCUCCACUCAAAACCCUCCGGCCGCCGCCCAAAACGUCUCCGUCUCCGUCUCCUCCUCCGUCAUCACACCUUCCUCUUCCUCCACGCCGCAUUUGGCGAUUGAUUCGCGGGAGGAAACCAAAACGACGCCGUCUUCACCCGUGUCCCCUCCGUCGCCGGUGGAGGCGGAGGAAGGCGGCGCCGGCGAUUCGAGGCGGCGGCGGAGUGAAAAAGGGCGGAAUUGCACGGUGUGCCACGACAUGGACGACGAGGAGCUGCUGCGGAGGGCUUCGAUGGUUCCGAGGAUUAAUGUAUCGCCGCCGCGGCCGGCGGCGAAGGUGGCGUUCAUGUUCCUGACGAGAGGGCCGCUGCCGCUGGCGCCGCUGUGGGAGCUCUUCUUCAAAGGGCACGAGGGAUUCUACUCCGUCUACGUCCACAACCUUCCUAAUUACAAUCACACCGAUCCCCUCGACUCCGUCUUCCACGGCCGGAGGAUCCCGAGUAAGCAGGACGUCGGCUGGGGCCUGCCGUCGAUGAUCGAAGCCGAGCGCCGGCUAGUCGCCAACGCGCUCCUCGACUCCGCCAACCACCGCUUCGUCCUCUUAUCGGAAUCCUGCAUCCCGCUCUUCAACUUCACCACCGUCUACAACUACCUCCUCGACUCAGCCCACACCUUCGUGGAGCUCUACGACCUCCCGGGCCCAGUGGGCCGGGGCCGCUACAGCCCACGGAUGAGGCCCAAGAUCUGGCCGGCCCAGUGGCGGAAGGGCGCCCAGUGGUUCGAGAUGGACCGGAAGCUGGCCGUCGAGAUGGUUUCGGACCGGGCCUACUUCCCGGCCUUCCAGCGCCACUGCACGGGCCUCUGCUACGGCGACGAGCACUACCUCCCCACCUUCGUCCACGUCACGGGGUUCGGCCGCCGGAACUCCAACCGCACGCUGACGUGGACCGACUGGUCGAGGGGCGGGCCCCACCCGAGCAGCUUCUCGGGCAAGGACGUCACGCUGCGGUUGUUGGAAGGGAUGAGGAACGGCACGCGGUGUGUUUACAACGGGAGGGAGACGUCGCAUUGUUAUAUGUUUGCCAGGAAGUUUGAGUCGAAUGCGCUGGGGAGCUUGUUGAGAGCCGCGCCACGUGUCAUGCAGUUUUAGGACCACGUGUCGAAUCGUAGGCGAUUUGUUUGAUUGUAAAUUAGAAUGCAGCUUGAUGGGUUAAUUGUAGGUCGAAUUUGAUCAUGAUGUGUUUGACUAGUGAGUUGUGACCACAAUGUUUUUAGGUGACAAUGAUGGUAGUGAAGAUGUGAACAUGGUGAUUUGUUGCAAAAUUAACAAAAUUGAUAUUACU